GCUGUUACAGAAACGAUCGCGGGAACAUGUCCGCUGAGAAGGAGUUCUCUGGACGCCUCGCAGUUGUCACCGGCGGAGGCAGCGGAAUCGGCGAAGCCAUAUGUCAUGUGCUGGCCGAAAGAGGAGCCCGUGUCGUGGUGGCGGACAUCAACUUCGAAGCCGCCCAAAAGGUCUCGAUCUGCCUGCCAGGCGACCAGGACCACCGGGCCGUGGAUGUGGACGUUGGUGAGUCAGCGUCCGUCGAGAGGCUCUUCGAGGCCAUUCAAGAGUUCAGUGGCGGCACACCAGUGAGCAUAAUUAUCAACAAUGCCGGCGUGGGUGCUCUCUUCACAUCGAUCACCGACGCCAGCGAAGAGGACUUUGACCGCAUAAUCAAGACAAACCUGAAGGGUACAUUCCUGAUGAGCCGCGCAGGCAUCCGUCUAAUGCUUGCCGCUGGGGUCAAAGAAGGAGCCGUGGUCAACGUUUCCAGUCUUGCAGCCAAGAAUGGAGUCAAAGGCAUUGCUAGCUACGUGGCCUCGAAGGCUGGAAUUCUGGGUCUCACAAAGGGAACGGCACUAGACGUUGCUGGCACAGGCAUUCGCUGCAACGCUGUACUACCGGGCUACACGGUGACAUCCCGGUCUGACCAGCUCACCGCAGAUCAGAAGGCGCUUCUUAUAUCAAGAAUACCACUCGAUCGCCCAGCCCAACCACGCGAGGUGGCGCAAGUAGUGGCAUUCCUGUGCAGCCCGCAGAGUUCGUACAUGACCGGUUCUUCUGUAGAUGUCUCGGGGGGUGCGGCGCUUUAA